CAAUGUUUCUGCUGCUGUUGCUCGCCAUCGUGGGAGCACUGCUGGUGGUUCAGUACAUCAAGUUACUACGCGUUAGCAGCUUUGCCGAAAAGAUUCCAUCCUUUCAACCCGUGUAUCCGGUCCUCGGCCAUAUUCCACUGUUCUGGGGCAAGAGUACCCACGAAGCGUUCCAAAUUGCACUGAAACUGUUUGCGUCCGCCGAACGCGUCGGAAAGAUAUUGUUGGGGCCUUCGCCAUGGAUCAUCAUCAAUCAUCCGGAUUUGCUGCAGCAGAUUUUGACGCGGAACGAAAUGUACGAUAAGCCGUUCCCGUAUGAUUUUUUCCGGCUGGGCAGCGGACUGAUCACCGAGAGAUCGGGCGAACGAUGGCUCCAGGCGAAGAAGCUGCUAAGCCCAACUUUCAACACCCGUAUGCUGACGGGCUUCCUACCUACUAUGGAUGCACGGGCGAUGAAAAUGAUCACCAAAUUGCAACCGCUAGCCGAUGGACACACCGAGAUCGACUUGUUCCAGUACAUAUCCACCUGCACCCUGGAGAUUGCCUUCAGUACCACAAUGGGUCGAGUUGUAGAUGAACUACCCGGUCAACAGGACUACAUCCGUAAUUUGGAAAUAAUGAUGAACGCCAUAGGAGCUCGCAUAGUGAACGUCAACCUUUGGCUAUUCUAUCGCUUUUCCAAAACAUACCAAAUCGACGAACAGGCGCGAAACAAUUGCUUCGCUUUCACGAAUAAGAUAAUUCAGGAAAGAAGACGUGAACUACGUACUGAACCGGAGAGUACCCACGAUGAAUUUUUGAAGAAACAAAUGAAUACAUUGGAUCAGAUUAUAACUGCCCAAAGAAGUAACGGAACUGCUUUCACCGACACGGAGCUUAUCUAUCAGCUGUUCAGUAUAAUGUCCGCUGCCAACGACACUUCAGCCCUCACGGUGGCAUACACCUGUUUGUUUCUAGCGAUGUAUCCGGAAAUUCAAGACAAAGUGAUGGCCGAAAUGAACCAAGUAUUCUACUCCCCCGAAGUCGAAAUCAACCUGGACACCGUAAAGCAACUGGAGUACACCGAAAUGGUCGUCAAGGAAGUACUGCGACUGUGUCCUGCGGUGCCGUUCGGCGCACGACAGACGUCGAAGGAAAUCCUCAUCGAUGACAUCCGAGUCCCGAAGGAUCAAAUCAUAGCGUACGAUCUGUACACGCUUCAUCGUCGGAAGGAGUUCUGGGGUCCCGAUGCGGAACUAUUCGAUCCGGAACGGUUUCGACCGGAAGCCGUCCAACAGAGGCAUCCCUACGCGUACAUGCCGUUCUAUGGUGGCCUUCGCAACUGCAUCGGACAUCGGUAUGCGAUGCUUUCCGUGAGGAUAAUGCUGCUUCGCGUUCUGCAAAACUUCGAGCUGAGGACCAACCUGAAGCAGUCGGAUUUGAAGUUUAAGUUUGAAAUCACGUUGAAGCUGGAUGGUCCGCACAGUGUGUGGUUGGUGAAGAGGAACAAAGGAUUGUAGCUGCUAAGUU